AUGGCAGCCGCGGCGGAAAUCUCCACCGCUUUGCAUCAGGCCGACACCUUUAUCAGCAACAUUGAAACGUGAGUUCCUUAUUUAUUGCAACUUUUAUUUGUUCAUUCAGGGCUUCCGAACCCAUGAAGCUAAUAUUUCAUUGAAAAUCUAAAAAAGAAUGAAAAAUGUUAACCUUGAAUUUCUUAGAAUAAAAGGCCCUCAGAACAAGUUAGUGGUAAUUGAAAAAGUGAGAGUCAAAGCACCACUUAUAGAAUAACGAGUUUUGAGAAAACGUUAAGGUCUUUUUUUUUUCGAAACCCCAUUCAGAGUAUAGAUGAUAUUUCCUCCAGCAAAAAGGUGAGGAGUUUCACCAACAAACCAUCAAAAAAAUAGCUUCGAAAUUUUUUUCUAAAAAGAACAUUUUCGAGUUUUUCAAUCGCUAGCUAAGAUUUUUCGAUAGUUUUUUUAUUAAAAAGUCUUAUCUUAUUAACAAAAGGUUUGAACUAAAAAAUUCUCUAGAGCAAGUUGAAGUUAUUUUUGUUUGUCCGUUGUUACUAGUCCAACAUGUUUUGGCUCUUAUGAGUGAGUCCAUAAAUCGUUCUUGUAAGAGAAAAAAAGAUAUCAUUUUUCAAAAUUUAACCUAUUGCGAAACUCAUUUAUGUCCAAGUUUUCGUGUGAAGAAACAUCUACUCCAACAAUCUUUUCUGUUAUUUCUGAAACCCCAUGAGUAAAUUUGAAGCUUCAAAGCUACAUUUAUUCUUGUUUCAUCUUCUUGCCAUCAUCAGGUGUGGUGGCCAAAUCGGAAAACUAGAAUGAAACUGAGCAAGAUAAGAUUCUGGAAGACGCUGAAAAGCGGAAUAUCUCAGACUUGGAUCUCGUUCAGUGGCCCAAAUCGGACACAAUUUCCUUGUUUGACGAUCUCAUUCUCACUUUUUAGCCGAUUUUCUUCAUUUCUUUCCACCGAAAGGAACGCUGCUUUGCUUUUUUUGUUUAAACUGCGUGGGAGAGAGGAUCUACAACUGAGUGGAAAAGAUGGCUGACAAAAAAAUAACGUUUAUACGUGGUUGAGCUCAGCAAUGAAACCAGAAAGUUUAAAUUUUCAGUGGAUGAAAAGUUGGAAAAGAAAUAAAUACUAUGUUUUAUAUUUCGUUUCAUUCAAAAUGACAACUGAUAUUUUCAGCAUUUUUUCUGAUGAAUAUGCUCGUAAAUCAAAAAUUAUAACUGAUAUUUCGGCAACGAAUUCUCCAAAAACAAUCAAGAUAGAAGUGUUCCGCGAAAGAAAACCGUAGAAAGAUAAACAUUUCAGUUGAGCGCCAUUUUUCUCAUCAAAUAUGACAAAACGAUGCGAGGCGCAAUAUUGACACACGCUUUCGCGAAUAUGGAUGAAAAAUCUUUUUUGCUUAUUGACUUUUUCUGUUUGUAAUUUGUUUGACAAUUUAUCACGCUGUCUCCGUUAUUCUCAAAAACAACGGGUACAAUAAAAAAAAAUAUUUUUUGAUUUGGAUGAAACUUCACCCAGUGUGAUACCCCAUCAUCAGAAAUGCGGACCCAACUUUUUGAGCCAUUCCCUCUUACUGUAGCCGGGUUACGGUAGGCAGGUGGGCACCUGCGUAUCUCAGUAUUGAAGAGUUUUUUUACUAGGCGAGUGAUAUAUCAAUCGAUAGGUAAUCCAAUGUCAAGAACUUUUUACAGUACAUACCAUCUUGGGUUACGGUCGAAAAAAAUUUUUGAGUUACGGUACUUUUUUUGUGUCUGCCGAGUCAGUUUUUUUCGACCACCAUGAGCUUGAGCCAGGAGAUCCAUUCUUCCUAACUUCUCAAAAUAUACCUUAUGAGAAGCUGUACAAGCUGGUACUAGUUUGACAAAAUCCUAGGUGGACCAUCAUUUCGAAAAAUCUCCCCGAAGGCGCGCAAUCGUGGUCUUGCGGCGGCCAAGUGGGUGAAGCCCAUGAUGCCGGACGGCUCAUUUUUCACAGAUCCAUUCCAAUCUUUGUUUCCAUUUCACUCAUAGAUGUCUAUUAUUGAUUUUUAUUUCAAUUUGAGAUGUUUUCGGGUUGACCAUCAUUUCGAAAUUUCAUUUUGAACCCAAAUUUGGCCUGAAAAGGGCCGACACGGCUUUUUCCACGGGAUCCCUGACUUCGUAUGUGACCGUUCUCAACUUUUUUCUUUCUUAAACAUGAACAAGAGUGUCUGAACAACAGUUUUAUAACAAUCGGAAACCCUUUUGAGAGGACCAUCAUCUCGAAAUUUCAUUUUGAACCCAAAUUUGGCCUGAAAAGGGCCGACAUGGCUUUUUCCACGGGAUCCCUGACUUCGUAUGUGACCGUUCUCAACUUUUUUCUUUCUUAAACAUGAACAAGAGUGUCUGAACAACAGUUUUAUAACAAUCGGAAACCCUUUUGAGAGGACCAUCAUCUCGAAAUUUCAUUUUGAACCCAAAUUUGGCCUGAAAAGGGCCGACACGGCUUUUUCCACGGGAUCCCUGACUUCGUAUGUGACCGUUCUCAACUUUUUUCUUUCUUAAACAUGAACAAGAGUGUCUGAACAACAGUUUUAUAACAAUCGGAAACCCUUUUGAGAGGACCAUCCUCUCGAAAUUCCAUUUUGAACCCAAAUUUGGCUUGAAAACUUUUGGUUUACCCUUCCAAUGAAAUUAUUGGUUCCCUCAAUACAGAUCUUGGCCCUUUUAACUUUUUGAUGAGAAUAUAAAGAUGAGAACUGAAAAUAAAUUUUAUUUUGAACCAAUUCCAAAAUGACCGUUUACCUAGGAAAUCCACUUUUUGAAUAAAAAUUUCGCUUGAAAAAUCGAAAUAUUUUGGUUAUUUUUUUUCACAAAAAAAUAGUCACAUGACGAAUGUCUUGUUUUUUUCAGGUAUGAAAAAAAUUUUUGAAGAUUUAGAACUACUAUUUAGGUUAUAAUAAAAAAACAUUUAUAAAAAAAUCACCUUGAAAGUUAAGUUUCAACCUCACCGGUGGUCAGAGUGUCGGGUUUUCUCUUUCAUGAAAAAAAUUACUUGGUAUUUCACAUUUCUCAUUUUUUUGAUUACCUGUUUUGAAAAAUAAAUUGGCAGAAUAGAUUUUUGCUGUAAAUGAUAAAAAAACUUCAAAUGGGGAAACUGAGCCGAUAUUUGAGUUCAAAAUGAAAUUUCGAGAUGAUGGUCCUCUCAAAAGGGUUUCCGAUUGUUAUAAAACUGUUGUUCAGACACUUUUGUUCAUGUUUAAGAAAGAAAAAAGUUGAGAACGGUCACAUACGAAGUCAGGGAUCCCGUGAAAAAGGCCGAGUCGGCCAUUUCAGGCCAAAUUUGGGUUCAAAAUGAAAUUUCGAGAUGAUGGUCCUCUCAAAAGGGUUUCCGAUUGUUAUAAAAACUGUUGUUCAGACACUCUUGUUCAUGUUUAAGAAAGAAAAAAAGUUGAGAACGGUCACAUACGGGGUCAGGGAUCCCGUGAAAAAGGCCGAGUCGGCCAUUUCAGGCCAAAUUUGGGUUCAAAAUGAAAUUUCGAGAUGAUGGUCCUCUCAAAAAGGGUUUCCGAUUGUUAUAAAACUGUUGUUCAGACACUCUUGUUCAUGUUUAAGAAAGAAAAAAGUUGAGAACGGUCACAUACGGGGUCAGGGAUCCCGUGAAAAAGGCCGAGUCGGCCAUUUCAGGCCAAAUUUGGGUUCAAAAUGAAAUUUCGAGAUGAUGGUCCUCUCAAAAGGGUUUCCGAUUGUUAUAAAACUGUUGUUCAGACACUCUUGUUCAUGUUUAAGAAAGAAAAAAGUUGAGAACGGUCACAUACGAAGUCAGGGAUCCCGUGGAAAAAGCCGUGUCGGCCCUUUUCAGGCCAAAUUUGGGUUCAAAAUGAAAUUUCGAAAUGAUGGUCAACCCGAAAAACAUCUCAAAUUGAAAUAAAAAAAUCAAUAAUAGACAUCUAUGAGUGAAAUGGAAACAAAGAUUGGAAUGGAUCUGUGAAAAAAAUGAGCCGUCCGGCAUCAUGGGCUUCACCCACUUGGCCGCCGCAAGACCACGAUUGCGCGCCUUCGGGGAGAUUUUUUUCGAAAUGAUGGUCCACCUAGGAUUUUUGUCAAACUAGUACCAGCUUGUACAGCUUCUCAUAAGGUAUAUUUUGAGAAGUUAGGAAGAAUGGAUCUCCUGGCUCAAGCUCAUGGUGGUCGAAAAAAACUGACUCGGCAGACACAAAAAAAGUACCGUAACUCAAAAAUUUUUUUCGACCGUAACCCAAGAUGGUAUGUACUGUAAAAGUUCUUGACAUUGGAUUACCUAUCGAUUGAUAUAUCACUCGCCUAGUAAAAACUCUUCAAUACUGAGAUACGCAGGUGCCCACCUGCCUACCGUAACCCGGCUACAGUAAGAGGGAAUGGCUCAAAAAGUUGGGUCCGCAUUUCUGAUGAUGGGGUAUCACACUGGGUGAAGUUUCAUCCAAAUCAAAAAAUAUUUUUUUUUAUUGUACCCGUUGCUUUUAGAAAUUUUUGAGAAUAACGGAGACAGCGUGUUAUAAGCGGAUGAAUUCAUUUUACAGGUUCCUGUAAAAUUCAAAGUUGCUCCAUUCCACUGGGAGAUAUUGAAAAUUGACUUUUAUCUCAGUUUUGAGUAACCUAAUAUCGAAAGGAUUUUCACCACUAAUUUCGCAUAUUUGGGCUACCAAUAUUUAUAAUUCACUUACAAGACCGUUUCACCCUGCACUUUGAGUUCACUUCAAAGUUGGCAAAAAAAUCAAUUCAUAUAUUGAGAAAUAUUUCUAGAAGAUUUCGAAAAAUGUUUCAAGCCAACCAAAACUCGCUAUUCAGCUUUUUACCAUUUUUCCAAUUUUUUCUUUGGAGUACAAAUGAGGAAGCUUCAUAGGAAGUUUUUCCGAACUAUCUUUUCUCAAACAAUUUUCUGAAACCUCGCAAGACUCAGAGAACAAAAAGCACCGAGCCAAAAGAGAUAAAGAAGCGAACGAGUUUUUUUGAGGCAAUCUGUUGCCCAUUGUCUCCCAGUGGCUCAACUCGAAGCCAUUUUGAAGGGUUGACAACCUCUGUCAACUCCAACAAGUUAUCUCGGCCUUUUUCAUGAAUAGCUGAGAGUUGCCUUUUCCAUUCAGUUUUGAAUUUUUCAUGGCAGCUUUCAAGUUUUAUUCCAUUUUAUUUCCGAAAGGACUCAAAGUACCGCACUCUAUCGAACUUCUAUUAACCAAGACCCACCAAAAGUUAGAUAAAAAAGCGUGAAUGGAAUCGUUAACUCUUCCCUGAACUUUGAUUAUUUGCUAACCAUGUUAACAUUGAUUUUUUUUUAAAGAACAAACAGAUAGGCUCUGUAUGGACAGAAUGAUUCGAUAAAUGGCUACUAUAGUCAAAAACGUCGUGAAAAGGACAAAGCGCUUUCAUAGCAAUCGAGCCUUUUUUGACAAUGAAACGAGGCUGGGAAUAUUUUGAAGCAUGCUUCUUGUGCAAACUAUCAUAGCCCAGCAAACACAUUCGUUUUGCAUAUUUCUACGAAAUGAAAAGAAGGCGGCGGUAUUUCGGGGCGUCCUUCUUCGUUGUUUUACUGCUGGACAUUUUUGACGAAAAUAUUUUUUUUUGUUAAAGACAGUUUCAUGGAGGACAAUUGAAAAUUCUUUUUGAAUUUUACUUUCUUAAUUUUUGGUUUAAAAUCACAGAAAGCUCCAUAUUUUUGCAACGCAGUUUAAUUAAGGCAUUUGAAAGUAGUAGGGAAGAUAUGGAUUUCAGUUAUAUUCUCGACGUAAGACUGAAAAAAAGUUUUUUCUGUGACUCGAUUCUUAAACAUUUUUUUUUUUGCAAAGUCAUGAAAUUCACAAAAGUCACCAAAAAAUUUUUUUCAAAGUGGUAUCAGAAAAAAAAAUUUGACCGCCAAUGUUUCCCAUCUCAAACAAUUUCUUCUCUUUUUUUCAUCAGAAUUCAAAAUUGACAUCAAGAACCCACGUCAAAUCCUUCUAGUCGUUGUAAAUCACAUUCGCUCGGACUAUUUGGAAAUACAAAAGCAUUCCCUCCGCUUUCCCCACUUUGUCCUCUUGGCUGUGCACCUCUUUUCAACUGAUUUUAUUAUGCCAACUUGAUUCACGGCUCGCCUCUUUCGAACUUCCAUCAUUUUCAGAAACCCUGUUUUUAGUUCGUUUUUUUUUGUUUUUCUACUGAAAUUCGAAAUAGUGCUGAAAAAUUAAAUAAUGAUUUGAUGAUUUGCAUGAAAAAAAUGUAUGCUAAUCAAUCAAUAAUCUUAAAUUAUUGUACUGAAAUAAGAUUUCUCAGACGGUGAUUUGAAAUAAUGUCAAAGUGUGACUGGAAAAGCCAAAAAUUUUGAUAAAUCUGAUUAUUUUUUCAAGUUUUCAUUAUAGAUGAUAAACUGCUCUCCCUUGCGCUCUUACCUUUUUUUCUUUCUGUGGCAGUUUCCAAUUUGAUCUCGGGUGAUUCUACUGAUCAACUUUGAACUCUACCUCGAUUUGGUGAUAUCUUUUUUGAAAUCACCCUUUCAAGCAUAUUUUUUUCGUAACUUCUAAUUGGUAAAUAAUUGGCCAAACUUUUGCUCAAAAAUUUUCACGGAAAGCGCUUCCAUUGAAAUUUCAUCGAAAUCAUCAGAAAGUUCUAGUAGUCAAGGCUCAACUGCCACCGACUGAAACAUCGGAACCAACUCGCACGAGUCUAAUCCAAUAUGCAUAUAAUAGGUCGCCUCCGUAUCCAUUUGCACGCCGCCAAGCGCCUCGCGGCACUUCCAAAUGUUACAGAAAAACCGCCUUCCGAUGAGCCCACGGAAAGUCGUUAAACAGUGAAGAAGAGAUGGGCGGCCGUGACGAUCUCCACAGAACUUCUUUCUCUUUGCCUUGCACGUCUUCGGCCUCGGCCCUUCAUCAUCAGCAACCUUUGCGAUCAACGUACUUUUUAAGCUUUAUUUUUAGUCUUCCAGAAAACGUUUGAAAACUCAGCGAAGACACUUUUUGAAAUAAUAAUUGAAUUUUCUGAGAAAUCCAUCGGCAUAAUUUCCCAAUUCCGGAGAAUGAGCGCCUCAAAGUUGCGCGGACUAGAAAAUUUUUUGCUCUGGGAUUUUCAAAAUUUUCAUUCAGUCUUUCUUGCAGUUUUCAGGCAUUGUUUCACUAAACUCCUAGACAAACUGGAAAACAAAGCUCAAACAAAAGGAAUCCACAAAUUUUGGAACUAAUUAGCGAAUCAAACCGUUAGGUUUUGUUUUAUGAACACCUUAAAUUUAACAAAUAAAUCUGCGAGUUUUUCAAAGUUGCUGAAUAGAAAAAAAAUCGUCAUCGAAGUUUUUUUGUCUGCUGCACAAAGAAUUACUCAAAUUUUCUUUUACCGAUAAAUGCAGAAUAUCUCCGAAACUCGUUCCAAGGCACAAUAAUAUGAAAAAAUUCCAGCAUGCUGGAUUUAAAAUUUAUUUGCGUUUCGUUUUUCUUUACUGAAAUUUUUUUAAUUGUUUGCCUCCCAUCUAAAAGCCUAACCAGUCUUUUUCUCUCAUUUUUGAACGGUUCGAAAAGAACUUUUACUCAAAUUGGCUGCGUCAGCACAUUUCACUUUGAUGUUUUAUUCAUGAAGCGAUGCCCCAUUGAAAUUCAAUAGUGUUCGAAGAACGAAGGAUUUUGAUUCGCCGCGGUGAGUAUUUUCGCACAUGAGUCCUCGACGAAACGCAAUCCGACGUCCCCAGGGACCGUGGCUUGUCGCACUUGUUGCCUUCUUGACACAAUUCACUAACACACCUCCUCUUUCUAGCUUCCUGUUUUAUAACUUUCCUGCUUCUUGUUUUUCUGAAAAACCUCUUAAUCCAGUGAAGUAGUUGUUAUUAAUAUCUGAAAUUUCUCAAUUUCAGUUUUAUUUAUUUUCCUUUUAUGAAACUGCUUAUGAGCUAUUUGUUCUGAGAAAGUAAAAAAAUAUCAUUAAAAAAAUUUGUUUUUUUAUUUUAAAUAUUUCAACGCUGAAAAAAAUGCAGAUGAGGUUAGUUAUAGUCGAUGUGCCACGACUUGAAAUUUCAUGGAACGACACUCCGUUGGGUGGCCGUGGCCGUGAAAGCGCCUUGCCUUUGCGAAUUUCGGUCGCGCUUUUCAUUUUUUUAUUCGAAAUUUUCAUUAUUUUAAUCAUGUUUUUAAUAGUUUUCUUCGUGCCAAACUCAUAAUUAUCUUUUUCUAGUGGAUAGACUGUUUCAUUGAUAAAAAAAUAAAGUAGAGUAAUUUGCGAAUUUUUAAGCGAAAAAAAUGCGUUUAUAAUAUUUGAAAGUUUUUUUCAUGAGAUGGUCUUUGGUUUUUGUUCAAUAUAUUCCGUUAUUUUACCUUCAUUGAGCCUUUAUCGACAUUUCUUUUUUUCAUUUCACAUGAUGUAAAAAAAUAUCCCAAUCAGAAAUAAAAAUACACAGUGAAUGAUUUAAAAAAAUUGAAUGUUUCUACAUUGACGAAUUUUUUUAUUUAAAAAAACAGAUACAGAAGUUCAAAGGAAAAAAAUUAUUAGUUUGCUGGACAUUUCGUUCAGCACAACGUUUCCACUGUUCCAAUUGCUCCCUGUUCACGCCCCAUUUCUGACGCAUAGUUCAGCAAUACGAUUUAUCUAAAGCUCCAUUUAAAAAGGAGCGAAAAACCUUUCAUCAAAUUAUGGUGCAUGUGCUCAUGGAAGUACGCAUCUUCAUUUUAUAAGGCGCUCACUUUCUGAAAAAAACAAUUAACGACUGCAAACAGAAAAAAACGAUGAAAAACAUUAAAACAUGGCUUUAAAAAAACACAGAAACUAUUGUAGAAUAUUGUGGCGUUUACGGCCUAUUUCACCCGCAAAUCCUUUUUGGUAAGUCUUUGAAAAACUUUUUUUGAGAAACGAGAAAAAAACAAUAUUAAAGCGAUUGAAGAAUACAUGAAGUUUUUUUCAAUUUUUUUAAAAAUCGCUUUUUUUCGAGAAACAUCAUGAAAUUUACUGUGUUCUUUCUUUUUACAUUUGUACAACGCAAUCCUUUUCAACGAUAAUAUUACAUUUUUAAAGAAAUAAAACAAUAAAAAAACGAUUGAAAUUAGAAUGAAAAACCAAAAAAAUUAGCGUGGCCGAAGUUGGCAAAUUCGCAAGAUGCGCGCUACCGCACAAAAAUCGAAACAGCGGAGUGUUGUUCCAUGAAAUUUCAACUUGUGGCACAUCGACUAUAACUGUGAAUGGAGUUUCCUAAAAAUGCCUUCAAAAACUAUAGUUUUUUUUUUCCUGAGUUAGUUCAAGUGAGUAAAUUUUUGAAAAAAAAUUUAAAAAAGGCAAUAAUAAACAAUUUUUUCCAGCAAGAUUGACUCGGCUUCGCAACAACACAGUCCGGCUUCCAACAGCUCGUCGGCCAAGUCAGAAGAUAGCGGUUUGGACGAUGGCAGCAGACGCACUGUGGUACUUUUCCUAUCUAAAAUUAGUUUUUUGAGAGAAAAGUUCACCAGCAGCCCAAAUCUUCAUUUACAAAAAAACUUUUUUGCAAUACUUUUGUAGAGCCUCAAAGAUUUUAUGAUUACAUUCUUAGUUUUGAAAACACAAUAAGUAACUAUGUCAUAGUCUUGGUUAAUUUCAGGCCAAGCAGAUCUCUCGCAAAUCGUCUCGGAUGUCUCAGUCUUCUGGAAUGCCGUCUGUUCUUGAACAGCUCGAGCAAAUGAUCGUUUCGGACGAGUGGGUUGGCGCAGAAUCAAACGGAAUCCCUGGGCAGCAUCCUCAACUUACAAAAACCAAGUAAUUUUCUCUUGAAACAAAAAAAUUUUUGGUACAAAGAAAAGUGAGAUAAAUUUUUUUCUCAACUAGCAAUAAUGCCAAAAAACCAAACGAAGGUUAUUUGUUUAUUUAUAUUUAUAAAAAAAUUGAAAAAAAUCUUCGGUUCACUCUCCAAAAUGAUCAAAAAUUGUUUUGAUCUUCAUUUUCGUUGAAGUUCUCGACCUAGAAGGCUUCGCCAGUUCAAAUUCAAAAUUUUGAUAAACUUAUUUUUAUUCUGGAAACCAAAAAUUUUUGUCGAUAACUAAAAUAACAAUCGACAUUUCAACCUUUUCGAAAAUUCACUUCUUAAUUUUCAAACUUAUUCCGUUUUCUAAUGGUUUGGUUCUCUGCGAACAUUUCCAAGAUGCUCAGCUAAUCCCGUUAAGAACACUAUGUGUAAACUUUGCAAUCUGAAUGUUUAUUAAUUCUAAAAUUUCUUCAAACUUUUCUUUGCAGGUCUCGGGAGGGACAAAGACUCUCGGAGCUUGGAAGGACAUUAGUGACGUCAUCAUCUUUGAAAACGUACAUAGACUUACUGAGUAGUCACCACAGACAAAGCAUUGCCGCUUGGCUCUACGGAAACACCAAUCAAGCUUUAAGCAACCUGUUCCGGUUCGAGAAAGGACGAAUUCUUUUUAAAAUGGAUAUUUCAGUUUUUCUGACUCUCAAGUUUAUUGUUCUGACGCAGAGGCGACUCUCUCUUUGUCCAUUCGAAACGGAAUCGGUAUAAAAUCUUGAUAUGCUCAAAUGAACUCGAAUGAACUUUCAGGGCAUGCCGUUAAGUUGGCCCUCAAAAAAGCUUAUGGAAACGACUUUGUCACGAAAGGCUGGAGAGUUUUCAUGGAGAAGGUGAGGUGUUCAAAAUGAGUCAAGGCAUGAAAUACCUUCAUUUUGGUUCUGUAAAGGUUUUUCAUUAUAUCUUUUUAGUGAAGUAGUGGCGUCUCGGAAAAAAUUUGAAGAGAAAGAUCAGAUGAAACUUGGCAUAUGUUGCUAUCUGCACAGACCUUUUCUAAGAAUAUAGUUUUUUCAAGUUAAUAAAAAAGCCCUCAUUUUAUUUUCGACGCAAUUUUUAAGAGGAAAAAAGAUUUUGCGCAAGUAACAAUUAGCUGAAAACCUUCAUAUGGCUUUUCAAAGAGUGUAUUGCUGUGUUGAUAGCCAAUUUCCAACUCAACAGAAAAGUCACUUGACCUUCCAGCUAUGAAACAGUAGACUCAAGAAGUAUUCAUUUUUCACUGUUUCGGUCAGCAUAAAAAAACUAUCUUCCCCUUUUUAGGGUGCUCCGGUCGUUUACGUCUCUCCUGCUUUGCACAUGGAUUUGUCUUCUUAUCUCGCUUCAGAGUUUGGAAUCGCCGAUGUUGUGGUUCUACCCAAGAUUGACUCGGAACUGAGUGAAAUCGAAGGAAGAAUUGUUGGUGAUCUCAGAAUACUCGAUUAUUGCUCAAUAUUUCAGGACCAUCAAGCUUUUGAAAAAAUUUUGGAGGAAGACGUCGCCGCGGGGAAGAAACCGUUGAUUUUGAUCGGAGUUGUUGGUUCAACGAUUCUGGGGCAGAACGACAUGAUUUCCAAGAUUCUGGAAAUCCGUAAAACAAAACACAGCUUCUGGCUGCACAUCACUGGACAGGUGCGCAAACUUUGCGAAUUUCCCAUUUUUAGCAGUGUUCGGUGUCUGUGUACUUUUGAAGUUGCAGAAAGUUUAUGUUAAAAAACUAAAAUUUGUUCUAUCAACGUUUUGAAAAGUUUUUCAGGCUAUUGCCGCCUUAACUUUCCGUGAGCCAAACGGAGUUCUUGUUCACGUUUUGUCUCAAGUAGACAGCCUCACGAUUCCGUUGGCUCUUUGGCUCGGUAUCCCAGCUGCUCCAGUUCUUGUGAGUUGCCAUUCCAUGAUUUUCGAUAACUUAUGAGUUCAGACUCUGCACAAAACUGUAGAUGGCCACAAGGCGACCUACAGAGAAAAGCUGGACACUCUUCCAUGGUGGGUCGCUUCAUCCUACUUGACCAGCAAGCGAAUCACCGACAUGAUUGAGAACGCAUACCUUUUGGUUUGUACAAGUUGGAAUGAGUUAUAAACACAACUUUUUAGAGCAAAGUCAUGUUGAAAGGUCUCUCUACACUUCCACAAAUUGAAAUCAUUGGUAUGGAAAAUGCGGCGGAGUUCGCGUCAGGUGUCUAUAAGAACAAGUACACUCCGCCGACAGUUUUAAUAUUCAAAUAUCGUUAUGAAUCUAUCAAGACCGCGGUUUUGGUGAGCGUUCUCACAUGGGUUUAUCAGCGUUUGAACCUUUUUUCAGAGACACAAAGAUCUCAGCCAAAAAGAAGAAGAUCAUGAAGCUAUUGCACAAGCAGAGAAGGUUUUGAAUGACGAGCUUGAGUACGGCGAUUCUCUGAACUCUUGGGUUUGUUCAUCUUUUUUGUUCCCAUAUUUCUUUUUAUUCAGCUUGGUCAAGGUCUUCUAAUGGAAUGUCAAGCUUUGGGAAUUGAUAUGAUGGAAAUCGGAGGUAACUACGGCAUGGCCUUCCGAUUCUGUCCUUUAGAACAUGCAGCAAGUGAGUUUGUCCUAUCUAAAAUUAUCCUUUUUUGUUCAAUCAGCGUAUUCUUCUCAUAUCGAUCACGUUCAACGAUUCAUCCGCCAACUGAGUGACGUCAUCCGGAUCGUAGAUUCCACAGUAACCGCAAGAUCUCGCUUCUCUGAUUUGAAAGAACAAUUCCCUUCUCUUACUCUUCUACCUAUUCAAAGAUGGGCUGGUAUCGGCGCCGUAUGGUGAGUUUGAACAAAAAAGACUCCAAUAUCUUUGACUUUCAGUUACAUUCCUUCAAUUGUUAAAGAAGUUAACCCCCAUGAAUGGAAUGAGAAGCAAAAACAACAGGUUUCCAUACUUUCUGCAGUUUUGAUUAGAGUCAGAAUGUUCAGAUCUCUCAUUUGAACUUGGAACUCGUUCAUCAGCUCCGAAGCGUUGACACCGCCUUUUCUUCCGGAGAAAGCGCUAGCUAUGGGGUUUCCUUUCUGGAUUUUACUUUUCCAAUACUCUUUUCUAGGUCUCUUGUGUGAAGUUUGGAAUGUUAUCCGAUGCGAAGGACCUUGCUGAUUUAGUUCAAAUGGUAGCCGAGAAGGGCAAAGAAAUUGAAAACAGUCAACAGGUAUGAAGUUUGCCGGUAGAAAGAAACUUGAAAACUUUGUUCAGUACCUCGAUAGUCUUGCUCAGCUCAUUCGUCAAGGAAUCGAAGCUGCAAAUGAGCAUUUGAGAAAAGAGAAUGACAUGCGCCUUCAGAAUGAGGUUGGACUGAAAGAAAGAUUUUAUUACUUUUAUUUGUAAGGGAGUUAUGCGCCAGCUACCAAUAAUGGGCUCUUUGGUCAACUGGUGGUCGCCGUUGGACAAAGAAGCACAGAAUAUAAGAGGGCGGUCUUUCAAUUUGAAAACAGGUGAGACAUUUUUUCUAUCAUUCAUGAAGAAAAGAUCCAUGUCGCGACCUUUUUCACCUUUAAAGAUGAAGGGAUUUCAUUGGGCUCUUCAAACUUUUCCAAGAACCCAAACUCAGCUCAUUUUUUGAAGACAUUCGACUAGAAUUUCGUAGCAAAAAAUUUCAACUUAAUGUACCUCUUUCCAAUAAAAUUGGAAGUUAUGCUUAUGAUGUUUACAAUUUUUUCAAAUAUUUCUGAUCCGAGACCUUGUUGUUUUUACCGUCUAUGUAAAAGACAAAGAAGAAAGUCCAACGAACAGCGAGUUCAAAAAAAAGAUUCAAAAAUAAACUUAACGUUGGUUUUGAAGGUGAAAUCCAAACAACAGAAGUCAUGUACAAACGGAAAAUGGGAGAAGACACUAAAACUCCCAUGACUCCCGUUGAAACUCCACAGGUGUUGAAUUCUCAAGUUUUCCGGCCAACUUCUCGGUUUCAGGCUCCUCACGAUUUCUCUUUGAAAAAAAAUGAAGCGGUGAUCGAGGAAACAAAAGAAGAAUCAGAAGAACAAGCCGAAGCGGCUCAAGAAACCCAAAAGUGA